AUGAGCAGGAACACAGUAUGGCUUUUGUCAACACACUUAAACUUUAGAUUUUACAGGAGAUACGAUCACAUUUCGCAAAAUGCAAAAUUGAUGCAGGAUGGAGAACGCGACGUAAGAAACAACAUGAGUUUCCUGUUGAGUAGCACGGGGAGCGUGGGAAUGACUUUGAUUGGAUCGGAUGCCUGUUCAAAAGCAUGGUUGCCUAAUGCUGCUUGUUCAAUGUGUCCAAAUGUUAUCGAGUUGAAGAAGCUUAAUGUUCUUUAUAUAAAAUUCCACAGGAAAUGUACUAGACUCAAUCAGAAAACAAGUAUUUAUGAACCCUAG